AUUUUCCGUGUCUUAAUAGUCCGUAAAUUCCGAGAGCAAUGUACGCUUAUUCCCUUACUUGUGGUUUGCUCUGAAUAUUUAUCCUUCUUACUGUGUCUGUAUUAUUUGGACAUGGCGUACGCCUAUCUCUUUAAAUACAUCAUCAUCGGUGACACCGGUGUGGGCAAAUCUUGUCUACUUCUUCAGUUUACCGAUAGGCGCUUUCAACCUGUUUACGAUCUGACAAUAGGUGUUGAAUUCGGGGCCCGCAUGGUAAAGCUAGACAAUAAGAAAAUUAAGCUGCAGAUUUGGGAUACGGCCGGGCAAGAAUCAUUCCGGUCAAUUACUCGGUCAUAUUACCGUGGAUCAGCGGCCGCGUUACUUGUAUAUGAUGUUACAAGACGGGAUACUUUCGAUCAUCUGGCCACGUGGUUGGAGGAUGCCAGGCAAUACGCUAGCUCCACCAUGGUCAUCACCUUAAUCGGUAAUAAAUGCGACCUCGAGUCUCGCCGACAGGUCCUCCGUGAAGAGGGCGAGGAGUUUGCCCUCAAAAAUGGCUUACUUUUCAGUGAAACUUCCGCAAAGACAGGAGUUAAUGUUGAAGAGGUCUUCACCUCGACAGCGCGCGAUGUUUAUGAGCGGUUGCAAGCCGGUAUCCUCGAUGUCAACAACGAAGCUGCCGGUAUCAAACUCGGACCUCAACCUUUGACCCCAGAUCAAUACGGUGCUUACAACCGCCCCAUUGGCGCUCCGUCACAGUCCACUCGUCGGCGGUGCUGCUGAUCUGUGCGUGACCCCUGCAACUUUUUCCGCACCUUACUUUAUCACUAACUUGAGAUCACUUGGAAGGUGGAAACAUUUUCUCAGUUGUGCUUUCCAUCACACACGCCCCAUUUUUAUCCUUACUGGACUGCAUUCCUUCCUUCUUGUUUAUCUGCCCCCACUUGUGCAUAUCCCAAAGAUAUUGAUUUUGUCGAGACUUUAUUCACAAUCUGGCCUUCAUGCUUUCCUGUUUGUAAAAAUGUUUUUUUUCUGUAUGUGCACCACCCGGGUUCCGUACUUCCUUUAUAUCUCAC